UUGUUCCUUUUAAACCUCCAGAGAGGCGACCGAGAAUACCAGGAGAAGAAGACCAGCAGCGGAUUAGUCGGGGACGUGUCUCUGUGUGUUUGCCCGCCUCGGACACAGAGCUGUAACCUGCUUGUCCAUUUUUUAAAGCUCUCCUCCUGUAAAUAGACGAGAAAGACAGAAGAAUGACAACACACUUCAGGAGCGGCCCAGCCUUCGGACUGUCCGCCGAGGUCAAGAGCAAGCUCGCAGGAAAGUACGACCCACAUAAGGAAGAGGAGCUGAGGCUGUGGAUUCAGGAUGUGACGGGCCAGAGGAUGGGGGACGGCUUCAUGGAGAGUCUGAAGGACGGAGUGCUUCUGUGCGAACUCAUUAAUGUUCUCCAGCCAGGUUCUGUGAAAAAGAUCAACCACUCCAGUCAAAACUGGCACCAGCUGGAAAACAUCGGGAAUUUUGUCCGUGCAAUUACAGAGUACGGCCUGAAGCCACACGACAUCUUUGAGGCCAACGAUCUGUUUGAGAACGUCAACCACACUCAGGUCCAGAGCACACUCAUCGCUCUGGCUGGAAUGGCCAAGUCCAAAGGUUUCCACUCCAAGUACGAUUUAGGAGUGAAGUAUGCCGAGAAACAGCACCGACGCUUCGCUCCCGAGAAGCUCAGGGAGGGACGUAACAUCAUAGGACUGCAGAUGGGCACCAACAAACUUGCCAGUCAAAAGGGCAUGACCUCUUAUGGGACACGACGCCAUCUGUAUGAUGCCAAGAUCGGCAUGGACAACCCCAUGGACCAGUCCACCAUCAGCCUACAGAUGGGCACCAACAAGGGAGCCAGCCAGUCUGGCAUGACGGCUCCGGGAACCAGGAGGCACAUCUUUGACAAGAAGCUAGAGCUGGAGACCUGUGACACCUCCACCAUCUCUCUGCAGAUGGGAACCAAUAAAGUGGCGUCCCAACAGGGCAUGACCACCUACGGCCUGCCCCGCCAGGUCUACGACAACAAGUACUGCGCCAACCCCGCCGAGGCCUACUACAACAACGGUGACGAGGUGGAGUUUGACGGCUACAACCAAUACUCUGACUAAGAAACCCACGGACAGCCUCACCUCCCCCCCUUUACCUCCUCUUUGCUUUAACUUCAGACAACCGACCACAGCUGUCUUUGUGACGAGCAAACCUUCCAGACUGUUAUUUAACACCGACCGCCGUCUUCAUUCCCCGUCUUUUUCUAAAAAUGUUUCCCAUCUUAGAACCCUUUCCAUGAGUAAAAUGAAAAACAAGUGUUUACGCUGACCUUACGUCAAAAAGUUUGGCCCACGCCCGUCCCUCUAGAAACACCCACACAACACUCAGAAGUUGAGUUUUAUCGACCUUUGCUAUUUAUAGAUGUUUUUUCUACAGCUUUUUAUACUUGCACUGUAAUUAGAGGUUUUAAACCGUCCCUACCCCGCCAUUCACCUCGCCUCACCUCACCUCGGUACCCUUCUAAUCCAGUUUGAUCACUGAUAAAGCCGUUGAAAGUCCUUCGAGAGGAGACGAGUGACUAUGAUGGUGCUAUUGAACUUCGGCCCAGUUGGAACAAAGUCCGCUUCCAGAUCGGAGCUCCGCUGGGGUCUAGGAUUCCACUCCACGGUACGACCCAAGUCCACGGACUGAUCCGGGUGCACGACGCUGGAGGACUUGUAGCUUUGUGCAGACGUUGCGUUAUUUUGUGAGCACCUAGCGCUGAGAGAUAGUCAUGUUAACACGCCUGCCGAGUUACCCAUCGUGCUAAUUUACAUGGCUUGUGUGCAGCAUUUCUGAGUUUUUGAGAAAGUAUUUUGGAAACGAGUAGAGAUGGCACAUGGUACACUGCUUUUGUAAAGGUGGAAAUGUAGGUGUGGUGUGGUGGUUAAGUUUAAUCCGCGGUGGUUUCUGUAUUGCAUGUUUAGUCAUUUUCUUUUCCGCCAUCCUUUAGGAAACUCUUUCUUCUUGCCUGGUGCCUUUUAGUGAACUUUGGCUUUAGUGUUGUCGCUCCAUUUGCACUUUACCUGGCCUUGCCUUAUGUGCAGGAAAACAGCAGUGGGAUGUUACAAAGUACAUUUGAGGCACUUAUACUUGAGUAUUUUCAUUUGAUGCCACUUUAUACUUUUACUGUGCAGCAGAUUAGACGAUAAUAUUGUCCGUUUUGCUCCAUAUAUUCAUCAUAGUUCAACAGGGGCUAAUUUGUAAUGAGGUUAUGAGACAUUGUGGUACUUGUACUUGAGGAAAGUGUCCGAGUGCUUUGUCCACCACUAAACGGCAAUAUCAAAGCAGAUAAUGUGAACCGUGCCAAAUAUGCAGAUCAUUUUAAAACUUCUGUGUCAUACUGUUAAACCCACCGAAUGUCUUGAAUGUAACGUCAUUGUAAAGUUAGAGGAGCCAUAGAUUCAUUUCAGACGUAGUUUUAAACAGAAGAGGAGGCUCAGGCACCACUUUCAGACUGGCUUUGAAUUAUGCAACGUGGUUCACGCUAUCACUCUCUGCUCAUUCAAAAGCAGCCCUGAUUUAGGACCUGUACUAGUGUGCCAUCUAGUGUUCUAAGACCUUUCUAGUGGGAGUUUUUUUUACUGUAUUUCCAAUCCCCCAAAUACCUAAAACCUUCCUUUUAUUCAAUCAAACCUAGGAAUGUAGAUUUUUUUUAAACAGUGCGUUAAUUUAUCAUCAUUAAUACCCUCUGAUACCCAGAAUGGCACUGAUAUUGAGUAAAUGUAUAGUAGCAUUUUAUGGUUCAAAUUAUGCAUCUUUGCUAACCCCUUGUUUUUUUUUUCUAUAUGCCUUUCACUAAACAUGACAUUUGUGCAAUAAAAACACUUCAAAAAUAA